AUGGACCAGAAGACCAUUUCCAAGCAGCUAAUCUCAUCCGUCGCAACCUUCAUCACCACCCAACUAACCAACAAGGAGAAGCGACUCCAGCACAAAGACCACUGCGCCGAGCGCUUGUCCGCCAAAGAUGGCGCCUCCACCAACGCCGACGACCAAGCCGAGGUCCGAUACUCCGAUCAGGCCGUGCUGGCCAACUUGGAUUGGGGGAUGGAAGCCCUCGAAGAAGCCAUCGGAACCUCCAACAGGGAAACCAAACUCGCCCGGUUGGAAUACGCCGAGAAGCUCCUCCAGGUCUGCGCCAUGCUCGAUUGCAGCCAGACCACCGCCGGCGUCCCCAACUUCUACCUCUCCGCCUGGGCCCACCUCAACCUCGCUUACCUCUGGAAGCUGCGCGGCAGCUCCCACAAGGCGUUACACCAUGUGAUGGACAUGUUCGUGAUCGACCCUUUCUUCUCCAGGGUCGAUUUCGCUCCCGAGCUCUGGCAGGAGCUGUUUCUCCCCCACAUGGGCCCCGUCGCGGCGUGGUACUCCCAGGGGAGAAACAAGAUAGUGAUGGAGGUGGUCCCCGAUUCCGCGGACCUGUCGUUCACGGCGGAUUUGGAUCAGUUCUUGAACGAGGAGUUUCUGUACUCCAUGACGCCAGAGCAGAUCGAGGUGGUGCAGAGGUUGGAGCAGGUUUAUGGGGAGUCGUUGGAUGAGAACACUAGGGCGUUUGCUAGGUACUUUAUGGAAUGUGUCAAUUUCGAUUCUUCCUCGCCGCCGGGGAGCAGGAGGAUGGUGGCGCCGCCGGUGAUGCCGGUUGCUGAGCCUCCGGUGAUGAGUCAUGUUAUGAGGACCAAAAAUGGCGGCCAGCAAUCCACCAGCCGGCCAGGGUUUUCCACAUUUUUAAGAACAGAGUCGAACUUGUUGGGUGUUCGGGAGCCAAUUCUUGAAGAGGACGAAGAAGAAGAAGAAGAUCUGGAGCCCGAAACGAACCAGAAACAACCGGGUCCCGGGCGCAGGGAAGCUGGGCAGAGCGCUGUCCGAUCAUCAAGGCCAUCUCCUGGAGCUUCUCCUCGGACUCUGUCUUGUUCUUCAUCUUCAUCAUCUUAUUCUUCUUCUCCUUCUCCAAACCCGGCAUUGCGGCUUCUUCGUACUCAAACCAGAGGUUCCUCUGUUUCCAACUCCUCCCCUGGCUCGCCAACCAUCCACAGCGACACCAGCUUCAGCUCGCCAAGAUCGGACGUCGAUGGAUCGUCUCAGGACUUGAGGAGAAGUGGUAAUGAAAGGAAUGGUCGAAUAAGAAACAUGAGUUAUGAAACUCUCAAUAAUCCCUGCUUUGAAAACAGCUCAGCGAACGACUUGGACGAUGGAAACCAGAGCUGCAUCUCGAUACCGAUCUCCGACAAGUUGAGUUCAUUACGGACGCGGCCACCGAAGGAUUUCGUCUGCCCGAUCACCGGAAUGUUGUUCAACGAUCCGGUGACACUAGAGACAGGGCAGACCUACGAGAGGAAAGCAAUUCAAGAGUGGCUGCAGACGGGGAACGCCACGUGUCCUAUCACACGGCAGCCACUCUCCGCGAACUCCUUGCCCAAAACCAACUACGUCCUGAAACGGCUCAUCACUUCAUGGAAAGAGCAGCACCCCGAUCUUGCCCACGAGUUCUCUUACUCCGAGACCCCUAAAGCCAGCCCUGCUCCGCAAGCUAAAGAAAACUCACAAGCCUCUAAUCCUAAUUCCGCAAGGACGAUCAAGAGUAGCGAAAAUCGACAGAGGGCGACAAGAUUCGGAGCGACAGCGACAGUGUCCGAUUCCCCAACCAGCGUGCUCUCCCAAGCUGCGAUCGAUACGAUCCUCAACGGUUUGAAGCCUUACAUUUCUUGUUUGUGCACGUCGGAUAAUCUUCAGGAUUGUGAGUCGGCUGUGGUGGCGAUAGCCAGGCUUUGGAAAGACGCCAGGGGAGAUCCAACAAUCCAGAUCUACCUGUCGAAGCCCACAGUGGUCAAUGGAUUUGUGGAAGUCCUCUCAGCUUCUCUGGACCGAGAAGUUCUGAAGCUGUCAAUCUUUCUCCUCUCGGAGUUGAUGUUCGUGGACGAGAGCGUCGCGAGGACUCUGACCAAUGUGGACUCCGAUUUCGACUGCCUAGCGGCCUUGUUGAAAAAUGGGUUGUCAGAAGCUGCCGUUCUCGUAUACCAGCUCAGGCCGAGCUAUGCUCAGCUCUCGUCGCACGACUUCAUACCGUCGAUCGUGCAGUUGAUCAUGCGGAAGAAGAGUAAAGAAUCCGAUGAUGUUGAGCUAGUGUUGGAUCCAGUAGAUGCAUCCAUUGCGAUGUUGGAGGUUUUGCUGACGGAAGGGGAUGAAAGUACUAGGGUGGCUAAUGCUACGAGUGUGAUUAGCUCCCAUGGGAUUCCUGCGCUGGUCAAGUGUCUGGAGAGGGCAGAGAGCAGGAACUCUGUGGUAUCCAUACUUUUCUGUUGCAUGAAUGCAGAUAAAAGCUGCCGGAAUUUGAUCGCUAAGAGGAUAGAACUCUCUCCUGUCCUCGAACUGUUCCAUUCUGGUGCGGAUAGCGUGAAAGCCAAGUGCAUAGAUUUCCUAGCCGAACUCGUGAGGCUAAACAGGAGGAACUCUUGCAAUCAGAUUUUGAAGAUAAUCAGGGACGAGGGAGCAUUCAGCACGAUGCACACAUUUCUGGUGUACCUUCAAAUGGCCCCAAUGGAACAACAACCUGCAAUUGCUACUCUUUUGCUUCAGCUCGAUCUACUAGUUGAGCCUCGUAAGAUGAGCAUAUAUAGAGAGGAAGCUGUGGAGGCACUAAUUGAAGCACUUCAAAGAAAGGACUUCGCCAGCUCCCAAAUGAUGGCUUUGGAUGCUAUAGUAUCUCUCUCUGGUCGCCUGACUUCCACGGGGAGGUCUUACAUGGAGUCGUGGUUGCUUAAGAUGGCAGGCUUUGAUAAGCCUUAUAACAACCUAAUGAAGGCUGAGAGGUCAAUGAAGUUUGACAAUGACUAUGCGGAAACAAUGGAGGAGGAAGAGAAAGCGACGAGUUCUUGGGAGAGACGCGUGGCAUUUGUGUUGUGCAACCAUGAGAAUGGUGCAAUCUUCAAGGCCCUGGCAGAAUGCUUCAAAAGUAACUCAAUUGAAAUGUCGAAAUCCUGCCUCGUGGCGGCUUCCUGGCUUACUCACAUGCUCUCAGUCCUCCCUGAUACUGGGGUGAGGGAUGCAGCUUCCAAGGCCUUGCUUGAUGAGUUUGUCAACACACUCCAAUCAGGAAGUGUGGAGGAGAAGAUUAUGGCAACCCUCUCUUUGAAGAGCUUCGUUACCGAUCCAGCUGCACUUCAAGAGCUGGGGAAAUAUGCUAGAUGCAUAUACAAGACAUUAAGGAAGCUGAAGAAAUACUCACCCAUUAUCUCAGAUGUUCUGAAAUCUUUGAUCAACUCUUCCUUUGUUGAUGCUUCAGAGUUAUGGAAUUGGAGUGAAGUGGUUGAGUUGGAAUCAUGUCAGAAUGGUGAAGUGCUAUCUUUGGUUCAUCUGAAAGGCAGACUGCUAAGCAGCCAUUCCGAUGGUACAAUUAAGCUAUGGGACGCAGGAAAGAGGGUUCCGAGAGUGAUCCAAGAAGUUCGAGAGCAUUCCAGAGCUGUCACUUGCCUUUACCUUUCCCCUGGCGACAACAAGCUAUACAGUGGUUCUUUAGACAAGACAAUUCGAGUUUGGGCGAUCAAACCAGAAGAGAUUCAUUGUGUCCAAGUUCAUGAUGUGAAAGAGGGUGUCUAUGACUUGACGGCCAGCUCCAAAGUCGCUUGCUUUGUCACUCAAUCAACUGGUGUUUACAAUUGGAGUGGAGGUCCAAGGCAUGUGAAUUUCAACAAGAAUGUGAGGUCUCUGGCCAUGUCAGGGGACAGGUUGUAUUGUGCAUGCUCUUGUUAUAGUAUCCAGGAAGUGGACCUCUCAAAGCUCACAUCAACGCCUUUCUACUGCGGCACUCGAAAGCUGCUAGGAAAACAAUCCCUCAAUUCAGUGAAAAUACAAGACGGGUUGCUCUUUGCCGCUGGUUCCGCGCUCGACGGAACGGCGGGGAAACUGUUUGCGCUCUCUAAUAGUAGGGGUCCCGCUUCCGUGGCCGGUUCGCUUUCCACGAGCUUUGACGUUAAGCACAUCACAGUUAACAAUGACUUCAUAAUCACCGCCUCAAAGUGGGGGGUUAUCGAAGUGUGGCUUAAAGAAAGAGUCACCAAAAUUGCUAGCAUGAGAACCAACGGCGGUGGGAAUGCCAAGGUGUCUUGUCUGACCACAGAUUCCGACGGCGGGAUGUUGUACGCUGGCUCUUCCGACGGAAAGAUUCAAGUAAGUAGAUUGCACUGCCCACUUCUCCUGUUGAACAAUAAACCACUUAGUCCCGAUAACUCGAAGUUCUUGGAAAAUGGUUGUCAUUUCUUUUUCUCUUACAUCGCCCAAAGUGUACAUAGAAUAAUUCGUGUGGGGUUCGGAUUUGCAGGUUUGGGCGCUAGACUAAAGGAGAAGGAUGCUGUUUUGGUUUAUAAAUUUUAGCUGUUGUUUUGGGCCAUAGAUUUGCUUGUGUAAAAAGAUUGUGAACCAUGGGCGACCCAUGUACGUACUUUGUCCAAUUAGUUGAUUGUGUCGCCAAGUUGAUGUUUAGUGUUAAUUGUCCCUUAACCCUAAUUACCAAGACUGUACAGAUUUUCCUAAGCAUUUGUGUUGUAUGUUGUCCGUCGAUACUAUAAAUAGUUGAUCAGUUCUAUAAUUAUACUCUUGAAUUACACCAUUCAGUUCCUUCAUCAA